AAAGCCUGGGGUGCAAGCCAGCGGUGGACGCGCAAGGAAACGAGAGCAAGCAGGAUCCCGCUGAAAUGGCCACCAAACUUGUGGAUCUGAUGUACUGGAGGAGCACGAGGCGGACCGGCGUGGUGUUCACAGGCCUGGUGAUCGGCCUGGCCAGCCUCUUCCAGCUGAGCGCCAUCACCGUGCUGUCGCACGUCUGCCUGGGGGUCAUAUCCAUCACCUUCUCCCUCCGUCUCUAUUAUAAAUUGCUGGAGGUGCUGCACUGGAACCCGGGUGUCCACCCUUUCCAGUCGUAUCUGGACUACGACAGCUCUCUGACCAAUAAGGAGACGGUGAUGCUGGUGGAGGAGGUGGUGCUGCUCAUCGCGUUUGCCUUCACAGAGAUCAAACGCCUCCUGUUCGUCGAUAACAUGAUCGACUCCAUUAAGUUCGUGGUGCUCCUCUACCUGCUGACUUAUGUCGGGGUUGUAACCAACGGACUCACGCUGGUCAUCGCUGCCGUGAUUGCCGUUUUCUCCCUCCCCCUGUUAUACAAGAAGCAGCAGGUGCGGAUAAGAAGGCUGGCCAGAGCGGUCAGAUCCCUCGUGAGGAAAAUCAAAAACCUGUUUGGCGGUGUGCAAGCGUCGGCGAAGGCCUCUCCUGAACACGCACAUGCCCCCAAACCGAAAGCCAAGUCAAAGUAACUCAUUAAUCACGCGCUGAAAAGGUUUGGGAUUUGGGAAAUGCUGGAAUGGGACAUCCUCCGUGGGGCCGACGGCGGGGCAGCACGUUUCCAUCCCUCCACCGUGAUUGUUUAUGGGAGCAAGAUUUAAUUGAUCCUGACAGCGGAAACAAAGCUGCCAUUCACUCAAGGAGAGGGGGGGCUGAGAAAUGAGGUGGGGAGUUUUAUUCACUGAGAUGCUCUCUGUGGGCCGCGUUUAAUGUUACCACUUCACACGGUCAUCUUCUCCACGUAGGGAGGAUAGUUUUUCUCUUUCUGUGGCUGUGUUUUUACUUUACUGAUGGACACUGUGUUGGUGGCGAACAGCAGUUAGUCAUGACACAACACAGAUGUGUUAUUUCUGAGUACGUAUUUAUGAUUGUUCAUUGCUAACAAGGUAGAAUAUACAUGAUGUAAAAAUAAUCUGUCAAAAAUCAAAGUUGUUUCUUAGAAGAAGUAAGUCUCAAUGAUGAGAGCAUUGUCCUCGAGCAGACCCAAACCUUUGCUCAGAGAGCCGUUUGUUGAUUAAAGUCCGUCCGUACAGAUGAAACAAAAUCACUCUGAUGGAGCUUGACGGCAUUUGAGAAGUGCAACUUAAUAUAGAAGAUAAAACAUCCAUAAGAUAGCACCUUUUUACUGCUGAUCAGGUGGGAAUCUGAAGCGGCGUCUCUUGGCCACCAGGGGGCAGUGCAGCUGAGCUGAAAAUCAAUGCCGCCUUAACAGGCAAAAAUGACAACCCAAUAUUUUCUCCAUUUAAGUUCUGUUUGUACACACAUAUAUAUAUAUAUAUAUAUAUAUAUAUAUAUAUAUAUAUAUAUAUAUAUAUAUAUAUAUAUAUGUGUGUGUAUGGUUUCUAACGUGGUAAUCUCCACAUUUGGUUUGUUGGUAGCUUUUUCUUUCAUGGGGAUUUAUUAAUAUUUAUUAUUUCAUAUGAAUAGGAGUAUCAGUGUCUCAACUUUUGAAGAAUGGUUUAGUGUCCCUAAAAUAAAUGAUGGGAAGAGCAGACCAGACAAAUGUGGGUUACUUUAGAGUGAGAUUUUAAGAGCAUUUAAACUAAAAACACAACAUUACUGAACAAUAUGAGAGUAGUGAGAGUGAACCAGGAAAGAGGCAGACUUUAAAACCAGGACAACCAAGACUGUGCAUUAAUUCUUCAAGAUACAAGUCCUUGCUUAAAGUAAUACUUGUUUUUAUUUGAGUUCUGACUCACUAAACUUUAUCUUAACUAAUAUUGCCUCCAAUCAGCUGUCUGUUGCGUGAACUGGAUGGACAUAAACUGCCCUCGGAGGACAUCUCAGGAGAUAGAACUGUGACCUCAGUAACGGGUGCCGUUUUUAAAUGAGUCUAAACUGUCAGGUCGAGAAUGAUAACGUGUUUGGGGAUGGUUUGAUGAUAUCACUGGCAAAUACACCAUAUCAUCCACUUACAGAAAACAUUAGGUUACAAAUAAUUCUCCCCCAAUUUUGAGUAUUUUUUUAUGGAAAUAACAGAUAAUAUCAUCAGCUUUUAGUGGCAGCUUUUCACCCAACAACCUUGAUAUUUCUGUUAGUUGCAGUAAAAGAACAUCGUAUUUCGAUGAGGUCCUGCUGUUUGCAUGAAUGUGUGCGUUUCUUUCAGAAUCUAACUCACACGUGGCUAUGAAAUUACACCGACGACCUCAUGAAGGAAAGAUCUUUCUAUUGCUCAGAUAUUCUUGAACCAGCAGUUUCAACAAUAUCUAGAUUGUGCUGCACAAGUUGUCUCGUUGGCUUCAGAGCAGCGCCACAGACGGCCUGGACCCAUCAGCUGUGAUCUGGCGUGGUUGGGUGUUUCACAAGCAUGAAUUAUCUAAUAGUAUAAUUCUGGGGGACAAAGCUGCCAGACAUGAGCCAAUAAACUGUCAGCAGUUGUUUCAGUGCAGCUUCUUCCCCAGCAAACCCUCAUUAGGACAUCAGAUCAGAAACCGCGGCCUCUAAUAACCAAGUUGCACUCAUACUAACAUGUCUUAAUUUGUUUAAAUGACAGAUUUUACAUAUGUGCUGCAUAUAUAUGUUUCUUCAGUCACAUAUGGAGGUGUCAGGUGUCGAGAUCUAUGAGUAGUUCAGCUUUUCUUUUCUUUUUUUUGUCUGGAACAUGCUGCCAAACGAUUUUCAUAGAAGCUCCAACAAAUCCCUGCAACCCUAAGACAGUUAUAAGCGGAUAAAGAUAACGCACAGAUGGAUGAUUUUCAUAAAAUUUUCACAAGAAGCGUGAAGCAGCAUUUAGUUCCCGCUAAAAUGUACAUUUUCUAGGCUCUUAUAGCCGCAAACCAGCACACACAGUCCAACACACUUUGCAGAAGUGUACUGGACUAUCAGUUUGAUGACAUGAAUCUGGUUUUGUUGACUCUUGCUUUCAGGAAAAGAGAAAAGAGAAAAGAGAAGCAGCACAGUCGUGGUCUUUUGAAAACUUCAAAUGCUUAAAGCCACAAUCAUUGCUGUCACUUUUAUUCUUAAUGUUAAAAUAUUUUCAAGGGUAUUUAUUAUUUCAUCUUGUAUUGUUGCUCCCCAAUAAAAAUGUCUUUAGUACCAAUGUU